GCUGGUCGAUGGAGCGCUGGCGAGAUCUCUCGCGUAGACCUGCAGCGACAGGAGGUCUCCGUGGAGUACGAAAACAGAGUGAAAACAGUGAAAAUGGCAGCACCAGACCUUGAAAAAUACUUCCGUCAGAAACAGGAAGACGUGCCGAGCUCACCCACGACACCUGCUUCCGAAACUCCACAAAACGGGGAGCAAGGUCUUCAAAACCACGCUCCCGCGAUGCCAGUGGCUGCUCCAACCACAGCUGGUCUGCAGCCAGAAGCCGUUCCUGGUGCUGUUUCUGGUGCCGGCGUGAGGCAAAUUCCCGUCGCCGUUGCUCAACCAUCUCAGCCACAGUACCAGGCGGUGUUGAAAAGAGAAAUCACACCCCAGACGGGACUGAUGCCAGUUGCAGCCUUGCCCGCACAAGUUGUGUCUCCUGGGUGCAUCACUUACACAGCGCCACAGGGUUUUACCUACAGAGUCGAAGCUCCAGUUGCGCAGUGGGCGGGGGCGCCUGCCAAGCCGCAGUUUUCGCCAGCCUACGCGGUUGCCACGCAUCCUGCGCCAGCUUGGGCGACAGGACGACCUGCCUAG